AUGGGCAGCCGCCUCGCAAAGGCGGCUACUGCUCGUGGCCUCUCGGUACAUGACCUAGGGAGUGAUGCGUCCAAAGUCCCAAAAGGCGUCAACCUUGAGACUUUCGUGACAAGCACCCCCUACUACGACAUCCCCGCCAUCGAAAAGGCCGCUCAGGGAGUCGAUGCCAUCAUCUGCGCCUACAUGUCGAGGAUCGGCCAUCUCAUCCUCUUACGGGCUGCCGAGCGCGCAGUCGUCAAGAUCUUCUUCUCGGCUUCUUGUAACAACGACUCGACCAAGAAUAAAUUUGGCGACUUUGAGCACCAUGAUGCUUACAUCGCUUUCCACCACCAAGCCGCCAUGACAAGCCCCAUCAAGCCCGUAUUCAUCUUUGACGGGUUCUUUGAUAGUCUGUUGUUCACCGUCUUUAGAUCAGGUGGAUUCGACACCACGGGCGAAUUGCCAACCCUGAAGUACUAG